AUGGCUGCUUACUCAGGCGGCAACCCUCAGCAAGGCCCUGCAUAUCAGGGGAAUAUGCAGCAGGGGGGCCCCCAGGGGGGCCCCCAAGGGGCCCCUGGGGGCCCCCCUGGUCGUGCAGCAUCUGGGGGGGCCCCCAUGUACCCCUAUGGUGUACAGGCACCCCCCCCUGUCUAUACUGGGGCUCAGGGGGCCCCCAGCUAUGCAGCAGCACCUUAUGGGGCCCCCCAGUACCCUGCAGCAGCAUAUGGGGCCCCCCAGUACCCUGCAGCAGCAUAUGGGGGCCCCUAUGGGGGUGUACCUCCACCUUAUCCUCCUGCUGCUCCUGCUGCAGCAGGACAGUGCUACACACCUCAGGGGCCUCCUAUGUACGGGAAGCCUGCUACAACUGGGGCUGCUUCAAUGGAGGUCUCUUCACCACCUCCUAACGGCAAUGGCUUGCAAAUAAGCGAAGACAUUUCUGUGCAGAUUCGUCACGCCUUUGUGCGCAAGGUCUUGGGCAUCCUCGCUAUUCAAAUCCUCUUUACCUUCGGAAUUGCUGCGGUUUUCGGCUUUGUCCCAACUCUACGAAAUUUUCUCCUUCAAAAUUAUUGGCUGGCGAUUGUCGCUGCUGUCUGCGCGCUUGUUCUGCAGCUCGUGUUGGUGCUGGGGGACGUACUUGUUUGUAGCGGUGCUCUGCCUGAUGAUAUUCGGCAUCCUCUGUAUUAUAUUUUCUACAAGUGGUUGGAGGCAAGCAUCGGCGCUACCAGUAUUCGAUUGAUGAUUAUAUUUUUGCUGCUUUAA